GACAGCUACACAUUGAUUUGUGUGGGUACCUACGCGUCAACGUCAAAAGUUCAUCGAUACCACACACAGCCAUCUGUAGGACAACCUAGCACUCGUCGUCUUAACCAACCAACCACACACUCACACACACACACACAAAAGCUACCAGUGCUGAAGCUAUACCUACACCCACUGUCACAACAAAACACGUGCAACAACAUAAUCUACAAUGGCUGCCAACUAAGCAACGGACCAUCAUAACACCCAAUUAUCUACAAUUAGCUGCUGGCUUGGCGAAACUGCCCAUCGUGCGUGCGGACGGGCGGCAGCAGGUCCGUUGGUCGCUGCUCCUGCGCGUGGGGGUGCAGCGGCAGCCGGCCGAUUUCGGGUGUCCGCUGAUGGGGCGUCGCAGACAUGGGGGUCCGCUGACCUACCACCUGUCAUUCACACACGGUGCGCACAGACAGGGAGAGGUGGUUUGUUUAAGUGGGUGGGUGGAUGGGGCUUGCCAUGGCGUCAGUGACGUGCAGUUUAUGGCGCAGAAUGCUGUUGAACGCGUUCUGGACCGCAUCAAACUGGCACACCAACACUCACUCUGUGUGGGUGUCUGGGUCGGUGCGGUGUGACGGCAUGUGUGUGAGCUCACCUACCUUGUUUUCGUCUUGUUCCUUGAUGAGCACGAGCAGCCGUAACUCCUGCCACCUGCUCUUGGUGUGUGCCCCGCUGAUGAGGUUGCGCUUCUCGGCCUCACCCUCGAUCUUCACCGCAUACGGCACACCGCCCUCUGCAUCACACAGCGAGCCACACACACACACAAACACACAGCACAGGCCUUCCUCUGGGUGGGUGAGCGCCUGCCUGCCUGCCUGCGUGGGUACCUCCGGCCGUCUCGGUGUAGAAUCCGACAAAGUCUAGGGGGUUCUUGUCCUUGCUGCCGUGGUGGAUCUUGGACACUGGACAACACACAGAGGAGCCAUCCAUGGUGGUGGUGGUGUUUGCCCAUGGACAAGUGUACGUACUGUCCACAACGAUGUCAGAGGGACACACGCCCUGACAAAAGGAGGGAGGGAUGGAGAGAGGGAAGAAAGCCAGAUGGCUGGCUGGCUGAUGAUCGAGGCGCUGGUUGUGUAGCUCACCCACCGCUCCUUUGGCAAUGAGCUCGUUGAGCUCGUCCACCCCCAAGUUCUCGCACAGCUGUAUGUCUUCCUUUUUGUCGAAUACGUACUCGGCUGCACCAGUAAAAAACGAUGCCGAUCUAUCUGCUUGGUGGCUCCCUCACUUACCGACAAAUCGGUAUAUGUUGCGGCAAUCGAUGCGCCUGAAGAGCUCCUUGGCCCUGCUUGACCGAAACCAACCGUCAGAAGUGCGCGUGUGUGUGUGUGCAGGGCAGGUGUUCAGCGGACCUCUGUAUGCCCGGGUCGCAGAAGCUGUCCUGCCGCUGGCGGAUGAUCUGCGGACGGACAUUGACGGCGCAUACGGUCAGACAGCCUAUAUAGCGAUGGCUGGGCUGUGGCGUGCUGUGUCUGUGUCCCGUGCGUGUCUGGUGUGUGUGCGUGAGUGCGUACGUCAUCGAUAUUGUCAGUCAGGUGAAGAUAGCCCUCGCAGUCUUUCUCCUGCAUCGGCAUCAAUCACAUGACAUCACUCACAUCCGUCUAUGCUUUUUUUGUGUGUGUGUGCUUGUGUGUCUGUGUGUGUCGCCCACCUCGAUGAUCCUUCUGAGGCCGAGGGCCUUGGACGCCUGAAAAAGGGCGUCAGUCUUCUGCACACACACACACACACACACAUGGAUGGGUGCAUUGAUGCGUGUAUGUCUGUCUGUCUGUCUCUGUGUGUGUGGUUCGGCCACCCACCCACCAUGGCCUCGAAGGCAAGGGUCUUCCUGUGCGUGUAGAGAAUCUUGAACAGACGCUGACACACGCAGAACGAGAAAACAAUGCCGUCCGUGUGGGGAAGAGAGCAGGUCGUCUGUCUGUCUGUCUGUCUGUGUGCGUACAAAUCGUGUCUGGACGAGCUCGGCCACUGCCGGCACCUCCUUGCUGUUGUAGCAGAUCUCGCCGUCAGGCAUCACCGUGGCGAAACGCAGCAGACGGCCGGGGUUGUACCUUCACAGAGAGAGAGAGAGAGAGAGAACGAGUCACUGAUGGACAGGGCGGCGUGAUUCUUUUGCUGCUCUCACUCUCACUUUGGCAGGGAGUUGGGCGAUGUGCUGGCGUCUCGUUGGAGGUAGUCCAUCCUAUAGACAUGCAACACACCACACCACACCAUACGCACGUACACACGUCCACGAUCCGUUUGUGUGGGUGUGAGCUGAGCUGAGAUGCCGUUCUCGAGCUGAGCGAGAUGCCGUUCUCACUUGUCCGUGUCGAGGCCGUUCCUCUUGUUGUUGACGAUGUCAUACGCCGCCCGCUCGAGUGCAAAGAUGGGGUGGUCGCCCACCACACGAUGCUGGGUGGGGUCGAUACUGAAGAAACCCACGGAGGCAGAGAAGGAAAGAGAUCGCGGUGCGGUGGGUGCGUGAGAGUGUCUUUCGUCUGUGUCCCACUGACUGACCCUUCGAUCAUCUCCUUGACAGUCGUGCGGCCAUUGAGUGCAUCAAUCACCUCACCCGCCGUCGUGUUGUUGUCGAUGAGGUACUCGAACAGCUUGAGCGACAUGUCCUCGUGGCACCACUCCUUCAGCCCCAGGUGCCGAUGCACAAAGGCGUGCUCGAACCUGCUAAAUGGAUGGAUGGAUGGAAUGAUGGAUGGAUCAGUGGUGUUGUCUGUUGUUCACGUACGUGUGCGAGUAGGGGCCAUGGCCGAGGUCGUGACACACCCCUGCGAUCUGCAGAAGCCGCACCAACCGCUGCACCUCCACAUCAGUCACACUCACACCCGACUUCCUACACACACACACACACACAGGGAGAGAGAUGAAGUGGCCACUCCUGAUGUUUUCUUGUCCGCCCCACAUGACUAGGUUCUCGAAGGCGAUCUUGGACAGAUACGCGACGCCCAGUGAGUGUUCGAAUCGUGUGUGCACGGCCCCCGGAUAGACCAAAUGGCAGGCGCCGAGCUGCUUGAGGCGCCUCAGCCGCUGCACCUGCGGCGUGUCGAUGAAACUGAACAACUCACGGUCGAAGGACAUCGAAUCGCUGCAUGAAGGAUACACACACACACACACACACACACAUAUCCAUUCACACGCUUUCCCUCUCUCUUUCGCAUCUGGUCGGCUCACUAGAUGCGAUCCGACACAAUUCGGAACGUCUUGUCGCUCUGCCUGGGCGGUAUGCUGCCCAGCAGGUCCGAGAAGCGACAGCGGUCCACCGGGUGGACGAUGGCCGAGAGGCAGUCGUCCCUAUCCUGCCGCGACUGCGUCCGCAGCAUGGCCUGCAGCUGCCGCGCGUCAUCCAGAGUAAAGAUGCCCUCACGACGAUCGGGGAGGGACACCUGCAUGCACCCACAUAGCCAUCACACAUAAAGAGAUGAGUGCAUUCACAUCUCUCUCUGCUUGGUUGCUUGCCUUCUGCAGCUGCUCUUCCAGGUGCAGCAGUCCAUGCCGGCCGAGCCAAUCAGCCAGGUCGCCCCUUUUCUGAUCACGCGCCGCGUCCGUGGUAAGCAGCUUCUUCAGCAGCUGCGUAUCGCCUUCGUCGAUCUUGCAGAAGUUCUUGCAGAGGCUCUCCAGCUGUGAGGGCGUCUCCGCCAGGCGGACCAGCGUGUGUAGCUCGUGAACGCCGUUGUUCCUGAGCUGCUCCUCCAGGUGCUGCAGGUUCGACAGUCCUUGGCCGUGGGUGUGGAGGAAGUCAUGGAGGGUCUGGGGCGCCCACUUCGGCCUCUUUGCUUUGUUGUCAGGGGUCUUGUAGCCCUCGGCUGCUGCUUCCGCUUCUUCCGCAUCCCUCUUUCUGUUGGCCUCUCCUGUGGUGCUGCUGUCCAUCAACUCAGCUUUUUUGAGAUCUGGUGCAGAGGGCUUCAACACACGGCCGUUGGGAUCUUGAGAAGCCCUCUUUGCGCACCCGCAGCAUCUGGAACAUCUGCAGCCCAU